GUGACGGCGGUGCUGGCGCUGGACUGCGAGAUGGUCGGCGUCGGCGCGGACGGGAAGCGGUCGAUCCUCGCGCGAGCGUCCAUCGUGAACGAGGAUGGGAACGUGAUCAUGGACGCGCACGUGCUGCCGACGGAGCGGGUGACGGAUUACAGGACGGCGGUGUCGGGGGUGCGAGCGAAGGAUUUGACGGCGGCGAACGGCGCGGUGGCGUUUAAAAAGGUGCAGGCGCAGAUGAGCGAACUGCUGAGGGGACGGAUAUUGGUGGGGCACUCCUUGAAGAAUGAUAUGCGGGUGCUGAUGCUGGAUCAUCCGAAGCGAGACACGCGGGACACGAGUUUGUAUCAUCCGCUGACGAGGCCGUUGCGGCCGGAGGAGCGGUGCGUUCCGGGCGCGCCUCGCGGUCGCGGAUGUCGCGCCCUGCGCGAUCUCGCGCGGCAGCAUUUAGGGUUAGAGAUUCAAAAGGGCGAGCACUCCUCCGUGGACGACGCGCGGGCGACGUUGGCGCUGUAUAAAAAGUUUGCCAAGCGGUGGGAGAGCGCGCUGCGCCGC